CGCGAGCCUGCUGUGAUGAGGUGAGGUGAGGUACUCUCACGAGCCGGAGAACAGCAGAACAGCACCAGCACGAGGCUUCGGUUUCUAAUCAACAUGAGUGACGAAGAACAAUCCAAGCAGCCGUUUCUGGGUGGAUCUGCCCCACGGUCUCCAGCUCUGGCUGGUAAAAAGCAGCCCCGCACGCCCAAAUGCUCGCGCUGUAGGAACCACGGCUUCGUGUCUCCUCUGAAGGGUCACAAGCGCUUCUGCAACUGGCGCGACUGUCAGUGCCAGAAAUGCAAAUUGAUCGCUGAGCGCCAGCGCGUGAUGGCCGCACAGGUUGCUCUGCGUCGUCAGCAGGCUCAAGAGGAAGAGUUAGGCAUCUGCACCCCAGUGAACCUGUCUGGCUCUGAUAUCAUCGUGAAAAACGAACCAGGCAGUGACUAUGCAUUUGCAGUGGGAACCAGAUCAUCUUCUUCCAGCAGCACUGGAUCUGCAAAUUCUCCUACUGCCUCUGGGAUCCACUCCACACUGUCUUUAAGCCCGACGUCUGCCAGCAGGGGGCACUCUGAUGGUUCUGCUGAUCUGGUGGUUGAUGCCUCAUACUACAACCUUUAUCAGCCUCCGCGGUAUCCAGCCUACUACAGUAACCUCUACAAUUAUCAGCAAUACCAGCAGAUGCCCAAUGGAGAUAGCCGCCUGUCCAGCCACAACAUGCCGCAGCAGUACCGCAUGCACUCCUACUAUUCUGCAGCCUCCUACCUUAGCCAGGGCCUGGGCACAGCUCCCUGCAUGCCCCCUAUUUUCACCCUGGAGGAUAACAGCACCUGUCCCGAACCCAAAGCUUCAGUGGGGUCCUCCUGGGUCUCCUGCCAUAGCGUUUCAUUUCAUUCAAAUGUCGACGGAUAGUUCGCGCUGACACUGAUGCACCCUGAGCCUGCAGGACAGCUUGAAUUUCUUUGGAACUUGAUUGGGGCUGCUUAUCCACCAUCCGGACUAUCCUGCGUUGCAACCUUUCAUCAAUUUUUCUCUUCCGUCCACGUCCAGGGAGAUUAGCUACAGUGCCAUGGGUUGUAAACUUCUUGAUUAUG